GCCCUCCCCUCGGGGGAGUCACGUAGCUUUGCGGCAUCCGCAGCCUCAUUUACAGGAGCCUGAGCUUCAGGCGCAGCUGUUGUGGAUUUGAAUCCGCGCCCUUCCUGUGGCUGACGCCGCUAACUCGCUGCGCACCUUGCUGCACACAGAGCUGUCACCAUGCCCCACUCAUUCCCAGCCCUUUCUGCUGAGCAGAAAAAGGAGUUGUCUGACAUUGCGCUCAGGAUUGUGGCCCCAGGCAAAGGCAUUCUGGCUGCCGAUGAGUCUGUAGGCAGCAUGGCCAAGCGGCUGAGCCAAAUUGGUGUGGAGAACACAGAGGAAAACCGCAGGUUGUACCGCCAGGUCCUGUUCAGUGCUGAUGACCGUGUGAAGAAGUGCAUUGGCGGGGUCAUCUUCUUCCAUGAGACGCUCUACCAGAAAGACGAUAAUGGCGUUCCCUUCGUUCGUACCAUUCAGGAUAAAGGCAUUGUCGUGGGGAUCAAGGUUGACAAGGGCGUAGUGCCUCUAGCAGGGACUGACGGAGAAACCACCACUCAAGGGCUGGAUGGGCUCUCGGAACGCUGUGCCCAAUACAAGAAGGAUGGUGCUGACUUUGCCAAGUGGCGUUGCGUGCUGAAAAUCAGUGAGCGCACACCCUCAGCACUUGCCAUUCUAGAGAAUGCCAACGUGCUGGCCCGCUACGCCAGCAUCUGCCAACAGAAUGGCAUUGUGCCUAUUGUGGAGCCUGAAAUCCUGCCAGAUGGAGACCACGACCUCAAACGUUGUCAGUAUGUUACCGAGAAGGUCUUGGCUGCUGUGUACAAGGCCCUGAGUGACCAUCACGUGUACCUGGAGGGGACCUUGCUCAAGCCCAACAUGGUGACCCCUGGCCAUGCCUGUCCCAUUAAAUAUAGCCCAGAGGAGAUCGCCAUGGCAACUGUCACUGCCCUGCGUCGCACUGUGCCCCCAGCUGUCCCAGGAGUGACUUUCCUAUCUGGGGGUCAGAGUGAAGAGGAGGCAUCACUCAACCUCAAUGCUAUCAACCGCUGCCCCCUUCCUCGGCCCUGGGCCCUCACCUUUUCCUAUGGGCGUGCCCUUCAGGCCUCUGCCCUCAAUGCCUGGAGAGGGCAACAAGACAAUGCUGGGGCUGCCACUGAGGAGUUCAUCAAGCGGGCUGAGGUGAAUGGGCUUGCAGCCCAGGGCAAGUAUGAAGGCAGCGGAGAAGACGGGGGAGCAGCAGCACAGUCCCUCUAUAUUGCAAACCACGCCUACUGAGUAUGCAUUCCACACUACAGCCCUUGGUCUGGCCAUCUGCACCCUAUUUUGCCUAUAGUUACGGCUAGGACCGAAUAGCCAUGCAGAGCAGAGAUGCCUCCAUCCAGCACUGAGUCAUCUUCCUUUUCUUGUCCUCCCCUCCCCCCUCCCACUGCUGCACCCGGGACCAUUGGAUGGGAAGAUAGGACGCCCCUUGUGACUGAAGACAGGAGAAGUUGCUAGAAAUCAGAGCAGGAUGCCUGGGUUUCCCCCUGCCUCCUUCAGCCCCCACAAUUUCCUCAUGAUGUGGUAGCUUCUCCUUGGGCUUUCCUUCCCUGCCCUGCUUCCUCGGAUCAGAAAGUAAGACACCAGAUGUGACUCAUGCCUUGGGUACAUACCACAAAGCAAAUAAAUGGUAGCAAACCAUG